CAAUAGAAACAGCUACAGCAACCCAAACUACAACUGCUGAUGAACCAACAACACUACAUCAAAUGUCUACAACAAUAGAAACAACUACGGGUACCCCAAGUUCAGCAAUAGCUGAAACAACAACAUCUGAAACAUCAACAACAAUUGAAGUAACUACCACUACCAAAAGCAGUACCAAAGCUGAAUCAACAACAACACCUCAAACUGCCACAAUGAUAGAAACAAAUACUGGUACCCAAAGUAGUGCAAUAGCUGAAACAACACCAGAAACUUCCACAAUAAUUGAAACAACUACAGCAACCCAUACUACAACUGCUGCUGAAACAAUGACAAUAUCUCAAAUUUCCACAACAAUAGAAACAUCCAAAACUGCCCAAACUUCAACUUCUGCAGAAACAACAAAACCGGAAACUUCCACAAGCAGAGAAGCAACUAUUGCAAUCCAAAGUACAACAACUGCCGAAACGAAAGCAACACCAGAACCUUCCACAUCAAUCGAGACAACUAACGGUACCCCAAGUAGUACAAUUGCUGAAACAACAAUACCUCAAACUUCCACACCAAAAGAAACAAGUAUGGCUACCCAAAGUAGAACAAAAGCUGUAACAACAGCAACACCACAAACUUCCACAACAAUUGAAACAACUACCGCUACCCAAACUACAACUGCUACUGAAACAACCACAAAACCUCAAACUUCCACAACAAUAGAAACAACUAUGGGUACAGCAAGUAGUACAAUAGCUGAAACAUCAAAAUCAGAAACAUCAACAACAGUUGAAACAACUUCGGGUACCCCAAGUAGUACAAUUGCUGAAACAACAAUACCUCAAACUUCCACACCAAAAGAAACAAGUAUGGCUACCCAAAGUAGAACAAAAGCUGUAACAACAGCAACACCACAAACUUCCACAACAAUUGAAACAACUACCGCUACCCAAACUAAAACUGCUACUGAAACAACCACAAAACCUCAAACUUCCACAACAAUAGAAGCAACUAUGGGUACAGCAAGUAGUACAAUAGCUGAAACAUCAAAAUCAGAAACAUCAACAACAGUUGAAACAACUUCGGGUACCCCAAGUAGUACAAUAGCUGAAACAACAAUUAAACCACAAACUUCCAUAACAAUUGAAAAAACUACGGAUACCCAUAGUACAACUGCUGCUGAAACAACCACAAAACCUCAAUUUUCCACAGCAAUAGAAACAACUACUGCUACCCCAAGUAGUACAAUAGCUGCAACAACAACAAAACCGCAGACUUCCAUAGCAAUUCAAACAACUACCGGAACCCCAAGCAGUACAAUAGCUGAAACAACAACACCGGAAACAUCAACAACAAUAGAAAUUACUACAGUUAAUCAAAGUAGUACAAAAGCUGAUGCAACAACAACAACACCUCAAACUUCCACAACAAUAGGAACAACUGCGGGUACCUCAAGUAGUACAAACUCUGAAACAACAAUAACAACACAAACUUCCACAGCAAUUGAAACAACUAAUGCUGCACAACCUACAACUGCUGCUGAAACAACCAAGACACGUCAAAUUUCCACAACAAAAGAAACAAGCACAACGACAGCAACACCACAAACUUCCACAGCAAUUGAAACAACUACCGGUACCCAAAGUAGUACAAUUGCUGAAACAAUAACAGCAGAAACAUCAACAACGAUAGAAAUAACUUCCUCUACCCAAAGUAGUACAAAAGCUGGAACAACAACACCAGAAACUUCCAUAACAAUUGAAACAACUACCACUACCCAAACUACAAAUGCUGCUGAAACAAUAACAACACCUCAAAUUUCCACAAUAAUAGAAACAACUAUGGGUUCCCAAAGUAGUACAAUAACUGAUGCAGCAACAACAACACCACAAACUUCCACGACAAUUGAAACAACUACAGCUACCCAAACUACAACUUCUGCUGAAACAACAAAACCUGAAACUUCCACAAGCACAGAAAAAACAAUACCUAUCAAAAGCACCACAACAGCUGUAACAACAACAAAACCACAAACUUCCCAAACGAUUGAAACACCUACUGGUACGCAAAGUAGUACAAUAGCUGAAACAACAAUAGCACCACAAACAUCCACAAGAAUUGAAACAACUACUGGUACCCAAAGUAAAACUGCUGCUGAAACAAGCACAACAACUCAACUAUUCACAACAAUAGAAUCAACUAUGGGUACCCUAAGAAGUACAAUAGGUGAGACAACAACACCAAACAUCAGCAACAAUAGAAACAGCUACAAAGCAACUAUGGGUACAGCAAGUAGUACAAUAGCUGAAACAUCAAAAUCAGAAACAUCAACAACAGUAGAAACAACUACGUGUACCCCAAGUAGUACAAUAGCUGCAACAACAACAAAACCGCAGACUUCCAUAGCAAUUCAAACAACUAAUGGAACCCUAAGCAGUACAAUAGCUGAAACAACAACACCGGAAACAUCAACAACAAUAGAAAUUACUACAGUUAAUCAAAGUAGUACAAAAGCUGAUGCAACAACAAUACCUCAAACUUCCACAACAAUAGGAACAACUGCGGGUACCUCAAGUAGUACAAACUCUGAAACAACAAUAACAACACAAACUUCCACAGCAAUUGAAACAACUAAUGCUGCACAACCUACAACUGCUGCUGAAACAACCAAGACACGUCAAAUUUCCACAACAAAAGAAACAAGUACAGAUGCCCAAACUACAACUUCUUUUCAAACAACAAAUCAUGAAACUUCCGCAACCACAGAAAAAACUUUGUCAAUCCAAACUACAACAACAGGCACAACGACAGCAACACCACAAACUUCCACAGCAAUUGAAACAACUACCGGUACCCAAAGUAGUACAAUUGCUGAAACAAUAACAGCAGAAACAUCAACAACGAUAGAAAUAACUUCCUCUACCCAAAGUAGUACAAAAGCUGGAACAACAACACCACAAACUUCCACGACAAUUGAAACAACUACAGCUACCCAAACUACAACUUCUGCUGAAACAACAAAACCUGAAACUUCCACAAGCACAGAAAAAACAAUACCUAUCAAAAGCACCACAACAGCUGUAACAACAACAAAACCACAAACUUCCCAAACGAUUGAAACACCUACUGGUACGCAAAGUAGUACAAUAGCUGAAACAACAAUAGCACCACAAACAUCCACAAGAAUUGAAACAACUACUGGUACCCAAAGUAAAACUGCUGCUGAAACAAGCACAACAACUCAACUAUUCACAACAAUAGAAUCAACUAUGGGUACCCUAAGAAGUACAAUAGGUGAGACAACAACACCCGAAACAUCAGCAACAAUAGAAACAGCUACAGCAACCCAAACUACAACUGCUGCUGAACAAACAACACUACAUCAAAUGUCUACAACAAUAGAAACAACUACGGGUACCCCAAGUUCAGCAAUAGCUGAAACAACAACAUCUGAAACAUCAACAACAAUUGAAGUAACUACCACUACCAAAAGCAGUACCAAAGCUGAAUCAACAACAACACCUCAAACUGCCACAAUGAUAGAAACAAAUACUGGUACCCAAAGUAGUGCAAUAGCUGAAACAACACCAGAAACUUCCACAAUAAUUGAAACAACUACAGCAACCCAUACUACAACUGCUGCUGAAACAAUGACAAUAUCUCAAAUUUCCACAACAAUAGAAACAUCCAAAACUGCCCAAACUUCAACUUCUGCAGAAACCACAAAACCGGAAACUUCCACUAGCAGAGAAGCAACUGUUGCAAUCCAAAGUACAACAACUGCCGAAACGAAAGCAACACCAGAACCUUCCACAUCAAUCGAGACAACUAACGGUACCCCAAGUAGUACAAUUGCUGAAACAACAAUACCUCAAACUUCCACACCAAAAGAAACAAGUAUGGCUACCCAAAGUAGAACAAAAGCUGUAACAACAGCAACACCACAAACUUCCACAACAAUUGAAACAACUACCGCUACCCAAACUAAAACUGCUACUGAAACAACCACAAAACCUCAAACUUCCACAACAAUAGAAGCAACUAUGGGUACAGCAAGUAGUACAAUAGCUGAAACAUCAAAAUCAGAAACAUCAACAACAGUUGAAACAACUUCGGGUACCCCAAGUAGUACAAUAGCUGAAACAACAAUUAAACCACAAACUUCCAUAACAAUUGAAAAAACUACGGAUACCCAUAGUACAACUGCUGCUGAAACAACCACAAAACCUCAAUUUUCCACAGCAAUAGAAACAACUACUGCUACCCCAAGUAGUACAAUAGCUGCAACAACAACAAAACCGCAGACUUCCAUAGCAAUUCAAACAACUACCGGAACCCCAAGCAGUACAAUAGCUGAAACAACAACACCGGAAACAUCAACAACAAUAGAAAUUACUACAGUUAAUCAAAGUAUUACAAAAGCUGAUGCAACAACAACAACACCUCAAACUUCCACAACAAUAGGAACAACUGUGGGUACCUCAAGUAGUACAAACUCUGAAACAACAAUAACAACACAAACUUCCACAGCAAUUGAAACAUCUAACGCUGCACAACCUACAACUGCUGCUGAAACAACCAAGACACGUCAAAUUUCCACAACAAAAGAAACAAGUACAGAUGCCCAAACUACAACUUCUUUUCAAACAACAAAUCAUGAAACUUCCGCAACCACAGAA